AUGAGCGACGAACAGACAAUUAAUACAGCAACUGGCGGUCAAGCAAGCAAUGCAGUCAUUUAGCAUUAGCAAUAGGUUGCUAGUCUGAAUGGACAUUCUAUUAUGUUCAUGCAAUUCUCUAAGAAUGAGGAAACUCGAACAUAUAUUGACUGCAAAACUCCCAAUGAAAUGCUUGAAACAUUCUGUCGCAUCUAUGAGAAUUUCCUUCUUAAUAAGAUGGGGAUGAUAAACAAAGAGGAUGAGGAUGAAGAAGGCAACAGCAAUAAUGGAAAGGGUGGCAAUCAAAAUGAAGUCAAGAAAGUAGAAUAUCAACUUGAAGAUAUAUUAAAGUUUGUGGAUUAACUCUAUGAUCUAUCAGCUAUGGUAUUCAAUCAAAAGGCAGCAGGCUAUACCUGCCAUGGGAAAGCUUGGAUUAAGGGAAUGCUGCAUGUAUACUUAAGGAAGCUAGCUGAGUGA